AACGCCGGGUGGGCGACAUCGGGCGACAGUGGGCGUAAUUUUUUUCGUCUCGCCGACCUAUAGCGCGACGCGCACCGGCUCCGCCGACCAGACCCGUUUCGGCUUCCGUCGCAAGUCGUUCGAAAACGUUGCCGAAAAGCAUUGUCCGCGCGCGAAACCGCCAACCACGGAAUCCACCGAAACCGCGACAAUGACCGCCCGGUUCUUCCCGUCGGCGCGCGCGGCCCUUUUGUCCGCCGUCGUCCUCUGGCUGUGCGCCGGCCGUCGCGGCUGCCGUGCGGACGGCGUCGCCGCGUCGACGGCGAUACGGGUCCGCGAUGGCGGCCCCGGCGACGUGUCCGCAAGAGGAGUGGACGGCGGUCCCGACGAACAAUCCGCCGCCAAAGGAGUGGACGAGUUCUUGGCGUGAGUACACACCGAGCGAUUUAUAUUUUUCGUAUUUUUAGAUUCUGAGCGAAAGGCCACGGCUACAUUAGAGCCGCCUUUCCCGUCCGAUCCGAUUCGACCGACCCGACUAACAUAUCCGACGCAUCCGAUAUUUGCGGUUACAUUGUUUCCGAUUUCGUGCACUUAUUAUCUACUCCGACAUUUAUUUAUCGGUAUAAAAGUGCCAACCGCGUAUUGAUAGAGUUCACAUAAUACGCAUUGGUGUUUUUUAUUCGACGUGUAUUUAUGUCCCAGCGGCUCAGGUGUCAUUUGGGACGAUUUACGGGAUAUAGUAAAAUAUUAUAUUGAAAUAGUACAAGAGGGUCAUGUUGGACGCGUAAUUUAUUAAAAGAUUUUUUAAAAAAAAUGUGGAAUAUUUUAAGACGUGUAUUAAAGUUCGAGAAUGCCCUGACAAUUUUUAAGAAUAAGCGUUUUAUGAUUAUUACCCACUAUUAUUGGUUAUAAACUAUCGGUUAUUCGGUCCGAAUAAUCUAAUUUUGUCCGAUUUGUCGGCAGAAAACCAAAUCGAUUUGUUUUUCUUCCGACGUGUCCGACCAGACGGUACGCCGGAAACGGGCAAAUAAAUAUAGCCACUACCGAUAAUGUUACACGGUCUUGUUUUUCUUCCGGCUAGCGGGAUUGUCGAAUCGGAUCGGAAACGGUUCUAAUGUAGCCGUAGCCGAACGCGUAUUCUUCGACAGAAAAAUGACGCGAAUAGUUUUCCGACGGUUUCGUAUUGAAUCUGUUUGGCUCGUCGAUGGGGAUUUUCGAUUUCUCCGUCGCGCAACGAUUGGUGGGAAAACGCGGGGGGAAACGCCUGGGAUACGGCAAAGUGUGCGGCGUUAUCGAUAUUAGAUUUCUCGUUGUAAUGCGAUUGUUGAAAAUAUACCGGAAAUUCGUACAGAAUACUUAUAUCAGUUUUUUCUAGAAGGUUCUUCCAAAACGUUCUGGCGUUUUCCGAGCAAUUAAUAAGCAAUUGACGUUUACGAGGUGGGUUUUUUUUUUUUUUUUUUUUUUGGUAGGUAUUAUGCGAAAUUUUACAGAAAUAAUCGAAUGUUUACACGCAUUUAGUUUUUUGCGAAAUUACGUAGUUAUAAGUACGAAGUUUAACGUCCAGUAUUGAAUUCGAAAUGUAAUUGAAAUUAUAUGAUAUGUACGGCGGACACCGCUUAUAAGGGUCAAAAUCACUUGGAACGGUCCGGACGUAUCCAAUCACAUUCUAUAUCCUCUCUCCGCUUCGCCUAUAAGCAUGUUCGUCCGGCUAUAAGACUCACCGUGUGCUGGUCCCGACGCGAGUCUUAUAAGCGGCGUCCACCGUGCCUACGGCUGAUUUAACCGAUUACGAUUUGUCCGGCAGGUCUUUGACGCAAAUGAUCGGAACGGUUCUGAGCACGGACGCCAGGUAUUCUUCGCAGCUAGCGGCGGCGGCGGCGCAGGAUGACGGUCAGCAGUCCGCGGUAUCCGGCCGACCCAACAACCGACCUCCCGUAGCCGAUUACUUCGAGACCGGCCGCCCGCCCUAUCUGCAACAGCCGCAGUACGGCGGCAGACCGUAUCCCCCGCCGGGGCCGUCGGGAUUCCUGGGCGGCGUACCGCCGCCUUAUCCGGGCGGACUCGGACAGUACCCGCAGCAGUCCGGUUCCGUGGUGCAGGCGCUGACGUCCAUAGCGCAACACGACGACCUGAGGUGCGUGCCCAGGCUGCUGUGCGAGGUCUCGUCCGGCGCCAGACCGUCGUCGUCCGGUUAUUACCGGCCCGGCCAAUACUAUCAGCAGCAGCAGUCGUCCGUACCGUUCCUGUCCAAAGACGCGCUGAUCACGUGAGUGCCUAUGGCGUUUACGGUCGGCCCCGGCCGUGCGCGCGGCCGCGUCGUAUAUCAAUCGACGUCGUCGCGUUACACGACAAUAAUACAUUACGUUAUUUACGUGCGACCCGCGCGUGUCGCUCCGUCGAUAAAUCUCCGCGGAGCCGAUCGGUUGGCCCGUUCAGAUAAGAAAUGAAAAACCGUCUUUGACGCGCCGAGACGUGCUUUCCGCGCCGUUCCGAGUACGCUCCGGCGGCGUCGGCGGCGGCUGCGACGAGGGGACACGCGCCCCGCGAACGUUAUUCGCUUAGCGGGGCUUAAAUCGAAAUUAACUUGUUUUUUUUAACCGGGCGCUUUCCCGUCGAACGCUUGUUUAUUUCGAUGUGAUUUAUAACUGCCCGGGUGGGCGUGGGGGGGGGGUGAUGGUGGUGGUGGUGCUGGUGGUGGGGUCGGGCGGAGAAAAAAGGUCCGCCGCCGUCAAACGGUAUACAAACAUAUUAUUUUUUUUUUUUAUUUUUUUCUACCCGACAGAUUAACGAUGUCUCCGCCGCCGCCCGAUAUGAUUCCCCUCGGGAACCCUUUCGCCGUUGAUCACUCGCGGAAAAACGCGUAGUCCGCCGCCCCGCCGCCGUCGCGCUAACCUCGACCGCGACGACGUGACGGCGCGCGUUUAACAGCGUCGCUGUUAUCGUUUUUUAAACGGCUUUUUAAAAACGAUUCGCAAAUUCCAAACCGUACGUUAUUAUGUUGCCCGCCUGCGCCGAAAAGCCGCCGCCAUCACGCGCGCGCCGAUACUCAAACGACCCCGGCGAGUUUCGUCGACGAAACUCACGUCGAACUCGGCUUUCGGCAUGCCGGACAAAUACGGCGGUGACCAGGGGCGGCUCCAGAGACUCGGUUGGGGGACGGGAAUCAUAUAAAAAGUCAUAUUUUUUUUAGAAAACUCUACGGCAAAAAGCAUAUUUUAUAGUCAGUUUAUACUUCGUAGUACAGACCGACUACACACUUUACAUGUUUGUAAUAAUCGAUAGUACAAUAUCGGUUUUUUUAUUUUUGUAAAGUUAUUUUUAACAUAAAAUAUGGACUAGGGGGGCCGCGGCCUCUAGGGCUCGGAGCCGCCCCUGGUCCCGGUAAGUCCGAAAAACUUCAGACUGCUGUGACCGUGUGCCGACAUGAAACGCGACGCGCGAAACGUGACGGUCGACACAUUAUUGUUAUUAUUAUAAUUGGGAAAAGUACCAGAAGAAUCUGCCACGUAGAUCCGACAUGGGGUUUGUUCAAAAGACAGUUAAUCUUCAUAAUACGUCAAAGGUCGAAAAUUGCACGUUUUGUUCGUAGAUUCGUACAAAUUCAUUUCGUUCGGUGUCGACUUUACAAUUCCAACCGAAUAUUAUACGAGUACAUUGUGAUUCGGUUAUUUUUAACCGAAUCACAAUCACAUCCUGAAAUUUGUACAUACUACUCAUAUUAGCCUUUUCUAAACACGGAAAAAUUGUCUAAACAUUUCAUUGAUUUUUGAACUAAAUUUUAGGCAUUUGCUAUUAUCGAGUGUUUUGGUUAUAGUUUCGUUUACGUGAAUGCUCGGCAGAGAAAAAAUGCCCGACAUCAAAGGUUUUUACCACAAGUACAACCGUAACUUUGGUAAAAAAAAAAUCGAACGUAAAGUGGUAGUUUUUACGAACGGUUUUUUACGUUAAAAAACCACGACAAUUCCGAACACGCCGAGAACUUUAUGCUCAGAAUCGUAUUUCGUUAGCGAUGGUUUAUCAUCGCGUACUCGUAUAAAUUUAUCAACUCCAAGUAUCCCGCCUUAUCCAAACUUUCUAUCCACUACAGCGGCACACCUAGAACGAUGUCUGUUUUUUUUUUUUUUGUAUUUUUUAACACGUUUCUUUCGUACACCGUGUACCAUCGUAACAUUCGUAAAAUACUUAUUUUUUAAGUGCACGAUACUCGUUCGACAGAAAUCUCGGAUACAUUAAUCGCGAUCGGUCAUGCGGCGGUGAAAAGUCGAUUUCUUACUCAGGUUAAUUGGCGAGCGAAACCGCAAACCGGGUCCGACUUUUGGGCGACACGUCACCGUCGCGAACGACACACGUUUUUCGUUUCUAUUCUGUUCGGACGCGUGGCUGCGUAGGCGCGCGGCGUUUGGGUGUCGAUCGCGGAGAAGCCGCCGGACACGCGGGCCGGAUUUGCAUAUUUCGUGUUUGUUCGCGAAUCUCCGCGCGCACUUUUACUCUAUACGCGGCCCACGCACAUCCGAUUCACGAAUAUCUUUCGAAUAUCUUUCGACUUUCCAAACGCGAACGAUGUCGUCCCACCGCGAAAUUCCGUUGCGCAAUACGGACGCGACGCCGUGAACAACAACGCGUGAAGUUCGGGUGUUUUUUCGUUUAGAUUCUGAGCGUUACACGCUAAGAGUUCGUCGGUUUUUACUGUAUAAAGUGCGCUUUGUUACUCCGCUACCCGAUGAAAUGUUGCUCCGUUCAAAAAAAAAAAAAAAAAACCCCGGACAAAAGAUACUUUUUCGUAGUAUUUUCGAUCUAGUUGAUUCGUCAGUGAAUAGUCAUUUACUGCGCGCGUCUUACGAAUGAAUGAUUACAUAUUUUCGUUUCCCUGUGCGUUAUUAACACGGUCACGAACAAUAACAAAUUUAAACACAUAAAUUCUGAUUAAAAAUUAAAAAUAUAAAAAAAAAAAAAAAACACUUUUCGUCCGACCCGAAUACGGGCGGUAAAUACUCUUCUUUAUCAAACGCAUUUAUGCAUGUACAUAACAGGUCUCGUUGCCCGAAACGCGACCAGAAAGAUCGCAAUGCUUUUGUUGCUAAUUAAUUAGGCGCGAGACAGACAGAGAAACGAAAUAUAUUUCAACGGCGAGACCCCUAAAGCCGACCGCGAACACGAUUCGGUUUUACGACGGCACCGGGGUUUCGUUUUUGUUACGCACGUUUCAGCUCGCAGCAGCGAUUCUAAAUAAACGGCUGAAAUAAUAAUUACGGUCAUUAUAUCGUUGAACGCCAUAUGUGGCGUGUACUUUUUUGAUAAGUAGGUCAUUUCCCCGGUUCGAUGCCUGUACAUUUUUUAUCGUAAAAACCGGGGUGGACGGGUGGAUGGGAUGGGGGGGGGGCUGGAGUAGGGAGAGAGCGAGAAGAAUAGCGUUUACAUUUCGAAUGCGAUAAUAAUUGUCACGGUUUUAUUAAAACCAAUGAUAUUAUCGUAUAGCUAUACUGUUUAGCGCGCCGCCGAUUUUUAGCGAAUAGUGAAAUUAACGUACACCGCUCCUGAUGUGAUGCGUAAUUAAGAAUCCAUACGGUCAUAAGUUUUCGCUGUUUCUGUGUGUUUGCAUUUCGUAAAGUACGAAUCGGUGAAUAUGUUGUACGAUUCGAUAAACAUGCGCGAGUACGCGUGAUAGUAUUUUAUUGUAAUCGAAAAAAGAAAAAAGACCUAUGGAACCUAUAAAAAAUUAUCGAUUAUAAUAUUACAGGACAAUAGUUCGAAACAGCUCGUUACUCGAUAAACAAGACGUAAUAUAUAAUAUAUAUAAUUAAAAAAAUAAUAAAAAAAAAAACGUAUAUUAAUCAAAAACUACAAAAUCGAUUAUUACAACGGAAGUUCUAUUGCCGGACACUUACUUACUGCUUACGUGAUUUUUGCAAGCACGGUCGUAAUAAUACAUGAAUCGUUAAACAAUUUAGCGAAAAAGCAAGUGUUCAAAUUUUAAACAGUUACAAGGAGGAAAGAAAAAACUUCAAAACUAGAAACAAACUCAAAAGUAAAGCAGACGUUCUGCAUGUGCUAUCCCGAUCCAAUAUUGCGAAAUCAACUUUUAUUCGCAGUCUGCGUCGAACUCCCACAAUUUUGGUUUUAGAGUGAAACCGCCUAUAAUAAAACUGAAAGAGAAUAUAUUAUGCCGGAGAGCAACGUAAGCUCAACUGGGCGGCUGCUUCGGUGCCCUAGACUUUAAUUUAGCACCCGCACUUCAAAAACGACAAAUAUUGAAAAAUAGUGUGAAAACAACCUGUCCUAGGAUAAUGAAGAUGGGUACAGCCUCAGUCAUAGGUAAUUUAAUGUUUAGUUGUAAUUGAAAUCGGACUGAGGAAGUACUAAAGAGAGGUAAUUUUUCGAUUUUAUCAUCAAAUUUGAACGCCUGGAUAAAACGGGAAAAUCGGUACAAUAUUAAUCGAAUAUUAUUAAAGAAAAUAUAUUUAUAAUCGCUAAAAUAUCGAAUCUUAUCGAAUGUUUACAAUAAAAAUACGGAUAAGUCCUGUGUGCAAUUUUCCGCACCACCUUGGCUAUCGACAAACGCCAAUGAAAUAUUAUUACGAAUAUUUGACGUCACUCGAAAAGCGUAUGAGGUCUUGCACGAGGCGCGUUUUUUUUAUAGUGGUGUCCCCGAGUAGGCCUAAUCCACUGUGUCGAUUAACCUAGCCUUACCUGAAAUCCAUAAUAUGACUGUCUUUAAUAUAAUACGAUCACCGAAUCCCGAUCUUCGUUCCUUGAAGUCAUCCGCAGCUACCGGCAGUCUUGGCUCGAAGAGUUCGCGUGCGAAUAAACCGUGGAAAAAACCAUAAAGGGAAAAAAAAAAGAUUUACGAAAAGAUGAAAAAAAAAGAGAACCACUACUAUUAUACCGAUGAAGAAAACUUAAAAUACUAUUGAAAAAGUUUAAAACAACGAUUAUGAAACAACUCGGAAAAAUACGAAAGUAAAAACGGCAAUGAAUAAAAGAAAAUUUAAGAAACACAAUUUACUGCGAUUCGAUUAAAUACGCGUACAAUAAACAAAAUUUAAUACCAUUGCGAACAUUAUUAGCCAGCGCGUGGUUUUGCGAUAUUUAUUAUCGUUCGAAUAGUAUCAAUCAAUAGGCAUACCUCUAAUUACUGAUAGUGAAACCGAUACGUGUUUUCGGGGAGGUGAGGUUAUAAAUGAUAUCCGUACGCGAUUGUAUGAAUUUACGGUUGAUCGGUUUAUGAUAAAAAUCCGAGUUUCAGACGUAAAUGAAAUACUAAAGAGUACUGAAAAAUUAUUCCGGUAGUAAUAUGAAUACGAUGUGAUACACGCAAAUAUAGACAUAUUAUGUUGAAUUAUUGAUAGAUUUAAUUAUGAAAUUUACCUCGCACAAGGAACUGCUAAAAAAAUUUAACUUGUACAGUUAUUUUAACAUAAGUCACUAAACAAAAUAGUUUUUUUUUUUUUUUUUUUUUCAUCUGUUUCUACUUAUAGUCACUAUUUCUAUCACCUAAAUAAUAUAAUAUACCUAAUACCUAUUUAUCAGAUUUAUUACCGUUUAUAAACUCAAAUAUCACUGUGCUUAUCUUUUUACUGUGCAUUUAAGAAUGGCUAUAAGUAAUUAUAAAAUUGAAAUGUGGUAUUUGGGGGUGUGGCGGCGUAGGUCCCGCGAGCUCUUUUCCUCUACAAAAUUUUAGCACCAUCAGCGUUUGGCCUCUAGUUGCGCCUAUGGAGGGCAAGACGACGCGUUUUUUUUUUUUUUUUUAAGUUCGUUUUUUGAAACAUUUGAGUGAUUUAAAAACGACGAAUUAGUCGUGGCUUUUAAACGACGUAUUGAACAUCAUACUCGGAAUAAUAAUUAGAACAAUAAGAAAACCGUAUCGUUUCGACCUCAGACUAUAGAAAAAAACAGGUUUUUUUAAAAAAAUAAUUUCAAAAAUCGACCUCAAUUCUUUUCCCCUCCGACAAAGUUAUACAAUGGCAACAAUAUAACGUUGCAUGCGUUCAUUUUUCACGGGGUACAUAUAAAUUUUUUAAUGGAAAACAUUCGCCCGCAUAUCUGCCCCCUCGUCCCGAAGUAAUAAUAAAACGCAGGUUGCGCGUGUUUCAGUUUGCUCACGGUGUUGAACUUCGUGGACGACUCGCCGCUUCUGAUGUUCGGCCGGGCCGCGCUGUUGGGGUACAACGCCCGCGGCGAUCCCGGUUCGUGUCACACCGCCUAUCCUACGUGUCCCAGGGAUCCCGACCAGCUGAUCAACUACCUCAACAACCACAACGGCGGUUUCUUCCGGUUCUUCAACCAACAGCUACCGCAGUUCGUGCCCCAGUACGCGCAACAGCAGCCGACCCAACCGCACCGGCCUCCGUACUACCAGCCCCCGCCGUACCCGCAGCGACCCCCCCCGAACCGGUACUACUCCUUGCAGCAGCAGUACGCUCCCGGAUAUCAACGGCCGGGCCAAUAUUUCGCGAACCGCGACCAGUACACGACCCGUUCGGACCGUUCGCUCCCGGACGACUUUUACGGCCUCCCGAAGCCGCGGAUACUCAGCGGAUCUCCCGCCCAGUACUACGACCUGCCCUCGGUCCAGGACCUGGCCCUGGAAGUCCCGACCCGGCCGUCAAUGACGUUCCCGUCGGACGACCAUCACGCGGGCGCGGCCAACUCGGUGUCGCAGUUCGCGUUCCCGUCGUUCGAUAACGGCGGCGCCGACAGGCGGCCCAAAAACGUGAAAAUGGUGUUUCCCGACAGGACCGGGACGGGCGGGCUGCGCGCCGAGUUAGACAAGUACGGCAACUACAAAGGCGCGUACUAUGCCGACGGGGUCAUCAAGUUCGUCGACAACAACGGAGCCGACGACGGCGGCGGGCGACCGUCCAAAAUCAAAAUUCCCACACAGUGGUCGUGGCCCGCUUCGUCCCGACCCGGCAAGGCCGCCAGCGAAUUCCACGUGCUCGGCAACAGGUUACCGUACGACAAACGUACGGAUUUCAAAUUUCCCAGGACCUCGUAA